AAAUACGCCAAGAAGUGCUGGUAAAAUGACGCAAACUGCAAGAUUUAACUAGCCGCUCAUUGACUCAGGUUGGCUGCUGUGAAAAGGAAACAGUUGAGGACAAAAAAAGUCGCUCGGAGAUGCCCCGACAGGGGCGACAUGACUCUGACCAGAGGAUCUUUCACGUAUGCCAGUGGGGAAGAAUACCAUGGCGAGUGGAAAGAAGGUCGGAGGCACGGUGUUGGCCAGCUCAAGUUCCAAGAUGGAACCUGCUAUACAGGCCAGUUCGAAAACGGACUCUUCCAUGGUUCAGGUGUACUACUGUUUACAGAUGGAUCAAGGUACGAAGGGGAAUUUGCACAGGGCAAGUUCCAAGGGACUGGAGUCUUCAAUCGAUAUGAUGGCAUGAAGUUUGAAGGAGAAUUCAAAGGUGGACGUGUCGAGGGAUAUGGGCUAUUGACUUUUCCAGACGGGGCUCAUGGUGUCCCACGAAAUGAGGGAUUGUUCGAAAACCACAAGCUGCAGAAAAGGGAGAAGUGUCCAGGAGUGGUGCAGCGGGCGCAGGCUUCAGCCACCAACGCUCGCAGUCUGGCACUAUGACAAUAGUGACCCAGGAGGAGAUGUGGUCAGGGUUCCAGCACCUUCCAGCAGGGCCUCAGGGAUGUGUACUCAAACAGCCCUCUCCAUCUCCUCUCUGUAUCCCUGUCUCUCUCUUUCCUCUUGGUCACUUUCUUUAGUCUUUCUCCGCAUCGUUCCUUGCCCGGCCUUCUCACUGACUUGGAAUGCACCACACAUGCAAUUUGAUGAAACAAUGAUUUCAGUUCUGUUUCUGACUUUUGGCAAAUGCACAAUGCCAUGAAGCACACUGUUGAACUGCAGAAGUUAAGCAGGAAAAAAAAAAAAAAAAAUGCUGCUGUUUGUCUCUCCUUCUGCAUCUUGUGCUUGUACACAGUGUCUUAGUGUUCUGCUCUAGCAUAAUUAGCUGCUUCUCAUUUUACUGACAUGGGACAUCUCUUUUUAUGAUGUUAUUGCACAUUGUUGCUAGACAUGUUCUCUCCUGCAUUAGCUGAGGAAAUGUGGUGUUCUAAGUCUGUAUGUUGGACAUCAUUAGUCACUUAGUAGAUGAACUCACUUUAAAAAAAAAA